UAUAUACUAUACUGCUCAUCUGAGAAAUACUACUGUGGCCCCAGUCAUGCCACAGAUAUACAUGGGUAACUUUAUACUUUUGAAUUUCCAUGUUAAGUUAAAUAGGACUGCUCACAUGACAGUGCUUUUGUAGCAUGGAAAACUAUCUUGGUACAAUUUCCUAUUUUGUAUAAGAACUUGCAUAUAAGACAUAUCUGAAAAUAUCUGUAGCAAAUAAAACAGUUACAAAGACAGAGUUUGCAGUAUAACUAUGUAUACACUUUUUAAUUAUAUGUAUGGUUUCUCAUUAUACCAAUGUGACUAUAGAAAAAAGAUUCAUGCUAUAUUAUCUAUAUAGUUAAUAUUUUACUUUUUUAUUUUAACAGGGACCUGAUUAUCCAAAAUGAGACAAAAUCUAAUUUGUCAGACACCUCCCACUGUCACUGUUUAUAUAAAAUCAAGUGCAUCCAGGUCACAUCAACAAAAAAACCCUGUAUGUCUAAAACGUCCUAUUUUUAAAGACAGUCAAGAAAGCUGUGAAAACCAUGUGCAUGGUAAUAAAUGUAAACGUCCAAAAGGUCCAUGUUUAGUAAUUCAGCGUCAGGAGAUGACUGCUUUCUUUAAACUGUUUGAUGAUGAUCUAAUUCAAGACUUCUUAUGGAUGGAUUGCUGCUGUAAAAUUGCAGAUAAGUAUCUUUUGGCAAUGACCUUUGUUUAUUUCAAGAGGGCUAACUUCAAUAUAAAUGAGCACACCAGACUUAAUUUCUUUGUUGCUCUGUAUCUGGCUAAUACUGUUGAGGAAGAUGAUGAAGAGUCUAAGUAUGAAAUUUUUCCAUGGGCUUUAGGAAAAACUUGGAGAAAGCUCUUUCCUGAUUUCUUAAAGUUAAGAGACCAACUCUGGAAUAGAAUUGACUACAGGGCUAUUGUAAGCAGACGUUGCUGUGAAGAGGUGAUGGCUAUUGCUCCAACACAUUAUAUAUGGCAGCGAGAACGUUCCAUGCAUCACAGUGGAGCUGUGAGAAAUUACAGCAGAGAUGAAGUACAGAUGCCACGAGGACCUAGUGCUACACCCAUAGAUUGUUCACUUUGUGGUAAGAAAGGAAGAUUUGUAGGACUAGGAUUAUCAUCCUCAUCCUCUUCCUCUACUGGCACUUUAGAGAUGAUGGAGCGAUAUCCAUCUCAGGAAUUGAAGGACACUUUCCCAGUUGAAAAAAUGCUCAUUGAUCCUCCUACUUCCUGUUAUUUCCAAGACUGUAUAAGCCUAUCCACCAGGGGCAAAAAAGGUGGCUGCACGAACCAAGACAAAUCCAUGGACUGGUUUACAGGAAAUGAAGAAUGAAAUGCAUCUGACAAGACUGAUCACUGACACAGCACAGAAUCUUCAAAACUUGCUUCCUGAUAAAAUGUUUGUUUUCUUUGUUGCAUAGCUAUAGCAUAACUGAUUAU